AUGGGAGGUGGAGGUUUGCUUUUUCCGGGUGCCGCGCAGGUGAAGAUCCUGCCGGCGCCCUUUGCUUUCGGCGCUGUCACCGGGGCUCCCGAGCUGCUGGCGGGCACGGUGGUGGAGGUGAUCCGCAAGGUGCAGGUUCUCGUCCCCUCUCCUUUCGGGGAGAACUGGGCGCGCUACUACAAGGUGGAAGAUCAGCGCCGCAUUGAGGGCUGGCUUGGUGAGCUGAGGGUGCAUUGCGGCAUCAAAGAUCCCAGCGCUGGAGAAACGGUCCUCUGCGAUUUUCAGGCCGGUGGCUUUGCAGAGCCCAAGUUCCAUGGCAAGCCCUGUUGGGUGUCCGUGGUCUCCAAGAAUCCGGUGCCGUUGCUCUCAGCUCCUUCGAGGAGGCGGGCGACAAAGAAGACCUUGAGCCCAGGCGACUUCGUCGAGGCGGUGGAGGAGCUUCGUACGGUUGGCUUGGCCUUUUACAGGCUGAUAGACGGCUGCUGGGUCUCGCGGGACGACAGCGCGGGCAAGGUGGCCUGCGACCUCGUUGUGCGCGAGCGACACAAAUGGAUCUACGUCUGCAAUGACAAGGACGGCGCCCAAGUGCGCACCACGCCCACGCGCUCCCAAGCCCGGAACGGCAACAAGAAGCUGAAGUACAGGGCACGGGUGAUCGUGUCCGAGAAGGUCACUCUUUCAGACGGCGACGUCUUUCUGAAGCUCGGGGAAGAGAAGAAAGGCUGGGUGCCGGCAACGAAGCUGAACUCCACAGUGGUGAAGAUGGCGCCCUUGCAAGCGCUGGAGGAAGGAGCGGCUGCGCGAGGGCUUGCAGCCUCGCGGCCUCCAGCCUCGCGCCCGCCCCCGGCUUGCAAUGGCUAUGGAGCCGCACCCCCCAUGCCACAGCCGGUGAACAGCUACAGCCCGGGACCCGGUGCCUACACUCAAACCUACGUGGGCUACAGCAGCUACGGCGGUCACGUGAACCCAGCCGACUUUGGGAUGGGGGCUUUCGGUCAGAGCGCUGCGGACUUCGGCCUCGGCGGGGCGAUGCCAGCGCCGAUGGCUGGCCGCCCGGCGGGGCCCAUGCCCGCGCCGGCGCCGGUGCCCUCCGGGAGCGACUUCGGUCUUGCCGCGGCCAGCGGCUAUGCGCAGAUGCCAGGGCCAGCAGCGGGAAAUGGAAUGUGGGGCGCCCCACAACAAACGAUGGCACCGCCAAUGCAGACGGGUGCAUGGGGAGCUGGCCCUGGCUGCGGCGGCUGCGGCGGCUGCGGCGGCUGCGGCUACGGCGGCUAUGGUAUGCAGUGA